AUGGGACACGCAGAAGAAGAGGAAUAUGAAUCGCUUUCUUCAGAACAUGGCACUCAAAAUACAUGGGAGGCACGAGAAAGAGCGGGCUUUCUGGCUUGGUUGAAACCCCAUUUUCUACUUGGACUACUCUUUCUUUCUAUAUUGUUCAAUGUUCUGUUGAUUCUUGGCUGGACAUCAAGUCGAGAUGAAUUAUCUGCGCCUAAGCAGCCCGUCUGGGUCGGUUCUAGUUACAGACGGGAAGAAUUGAAACUAGGAUUCACGAAGGAAGACACAAUGUGGUGGAAUACCAAGUACAGCGGCUCAAAUGAGAGAGAAGUCAGUGAUCUCUGGCACAACGAGAUCCCAUGGGAAAGCGGGAUCAUCGCAAUCGACAAACAAGAGGCAAGUUCAUUGGGACUGCCCGAGUCGCAGUCGUUCCCGUGGGACGUGACAAAAGGGAUCUAUAUCCUGAAUGCACAUCAUAUUCUCCAUUGCAUUUAUCCGGGUGGAGACCAUGUGCGCGGCCGAUGA